UGAUCUUUAGCCGGAGAAUUUCUAGAAUAUUUGUUACUGGGAAUAAAUUAAACAAUUCCACUAACCAACAAAAUGGGUGAAAUAAAGGUAGAGUUUGCUGUUCAAAUGAAGGGAGAACAAUGGGAAAAGGAAGUGAGUAAAGCUCUCAAAGGCGCAGGCCAACUGGAAAUUGACAACAAACAAGGAAGAAUAAUUGUGCAUACAAAGGAGCCAUGGUAUAAACUUCAGGACAAAAUAGAGCAAACUGGCCGAAAAGCGGUUUUGGCUGGAUUUGGUGGUCAAUCGGCUGUCUCUAUUAUAAAUACAACAGGAAGUGAUGUAGAUCGAUGCCCCAUACAGGGAGUAGUGCGAUUUACAGCAAUACGCACUGAUAAACCAGGCCUUGUAGUUGAUGGUGUAGUGGAUGGUCUAACCCCUGGACUACAUGGCAUCCAUAUACACGAAAGUGGCGAUGUUUCAGCAGGCUCUGCUUCGGUGGGAGAACACUAUAAUCCUCGUGGCUCGCCACAUGGCUCACCAGAAGAUGAUGCUCAACACAGGCAUGCUGGUGAUUUGGGAAAUAUACGGGCCGAUGACAGUGGUCGAGCAACAUUUCGUUUUAUGGACUCUCUUCUUGAAGUUUAUGAGAUUAUAGGCCGUUCCGUGGUCAUAACUCAACAGCCAGAUGAUUUUGGCAAAGGAGGAAAUGAACAGAGUAAAAUUGAUGGGAAUUCGGGUGAAAGAAUUGCUUGUGGCAUUAUAGCACGUUCUGCGGGAAUUUUACAAAAUUUCAAAAAAAUUUGUGCUUGUGAUGGUGUUACGCUUUGGGACGAACGCUAUAAACCUUUGGCAGGCGGUACAAGAGCUCAGAAAUUAUAAGAAAUUUUUUAUAAUAUCAAAUAUUAUAAAUGUUCCAUAGUUUUAAGAUGGUUUAAGGCUUAUAAAUGUUUGUAUAUUCUGUGUAUAAAUUUGUAAAUUCAUAUCAAUUACUAUCCUCUAUAACUAUACUCUCAUUAACAUCAAUGGCUUUGUAGCCCUUUUUGAUUUGCUGUAAGCGUUGCUUACAUUUACUCUUAUAGGCUUGCACUAACUUACCACAUAAUAUGGGCGGUGAAAUGGCUAUGGCGGCAUGUAUCUUUUUGGGAAAUUUUUAUCAAAUUAUAUGUAGGUGUGCUAGAAAAUAGUUACCAAAAUAUGAACUUACCUCCAAAUAAUCAACUUCUGCUUCAUAUGCCAAGCUCUGAUUUAACAAAUCCAGAAUAUUUUGAAAUUCCUCGGCCUUUAAGAAGAAUUUCAUUUCACCAAUAUUAUUUUUAUACCAAUCGCCAUAAUUGUUUAAAUUUUUUGCUAUAUCCAUGGUGGUAGCACUAGCAGCUCGUGCUGUCAAAAGUAUAUGCAGCAUCAUACGUUUGCAGGGAACCGAAGCGCAGUGUUUUAUACGCGUGUUUAAAUACUCUAAAAAUAUUUUGUUAAAUAAAUAAAGCAAAUCGUAAGUUUA